AUGUCCCACUCCAACUUACACUUCAUUAGCAUUUUCCAAGACAAAUGGCGCAAUGAAAUCUCUGGUACUCCUCUCCGACGGCAACAAACGCGACAAGCGCUCCACACGAAUGACAUUAUCGUCUUGAUGGGUUUGCUCCCCGACACUACCACCGAGAACUCAUCUAUCUCUGAGCAUGACUGCGACAACGCCUGGACCAAGUUUCUGGAGUGCCGAUGGGAAUUGCGCGAGCAAUACUCCGAACACCUGAAGCAUCAAUUACAGACCUGGUGUACAGAAGAAAUUGGUCGUGGGAUGGAGGCUGAGGUCGAGAUGAAGGGAAUUUGGGCAGGGAUGAGUUCUAGCACUGGUGGUUGGGAUGAGGAUAUCACUGAAGACAUGGCGAGGACGGAGUUUGAGAGAUGGCGGGAGGGAAAAUUGAGGCACGGCAGUAGAGUGCGAGCAGUGAGGUCGCGGAGUCAAGGAGAUGACGGGCAGAUGUCGACAAGGCGGCUUUUCGACGACGGCACAACUCAGGCAACACCAUCGGCUCGCAGAAACUCUCUUCCCAUGAUUGCAAGGCCGAUCCUCACGGCUGCCGCAAAUCAAAAGUUAUCUCCAUCCGAUGGACCUCCCCCAUCACAAGAACCAUCAUCGAAUAAACCUCUACCUAGUCCAUCGCGACCGCCGUCAUCACCGUCACCACCACCACCACCGUUACCUGGACCCUUCCAACGUAAACCUCCAGCGCCUCUUACCGAGGACCGCUUGUCCUCAGGCUUCCUCCCCACUCAAGUCAACACAAUCUUGUCCCGCAUUGCCUUCCAUCUCUACGAAAGUUUCCUUGACCUUGUGGUCUGGCAUCCUUUCUACUACGCCAACGUGCACCCACGACUGCUUGAAGAAAUGGACCAGGUCUGGGGAACGAGUUUCGAUUACGAGGAAGAAGACUGUUUAGAGAAUGCGGACUGGGCAAUCUCUGCUGCCAGUCGCCCUGCGCAGCAAAGUGAAAGUCUUGAGGACUCUGAGCGCCCACUUCGUUUAUUCCGCGAAUUGAGACAUCAGCGUUCGGGACGGGUUCUGCAACAGUGGGUAUGUCCGGUUGCCUAUUGGAUUUGUUGGUAUGGGACUUUGUUUGCUCUCGGCUUUGCAGGAAUUACGUCUUCUCCGGCUGCUACGGACGACCAACCUAUGCUUCAGACGCGAAUAUGCUUGGCGUUGGGCAUGACGUGGUUGAUGUACUACGCCGACUCACGGGCGAGUGUCUGGGACCGGGUAACAAGGGGUCGAGAAGUGAUGGCUGAAGGCUUCAUUCAGGAGGAAGAUUGGGAUGAAAGAUCGAGCAGUGACGUUGAGACUGAGGCCGAUACCACCGGGGCGGGAGAUGAUGAAGAGAGAAGCAUUGCAGGAGCAGAAGCAACGUUGAAGGAAGCACGAAUAUCGAACAUCUGCGAAGUCGCCAGGUCGAUCUUGAAAUCCGACCACCCCAUCCUCCCUCUCAGUCUGGAAGCUUGGAUCCUCCGGUUCUUCAGAUGGGCGUUCUAUGCUCUUGUCUUCGGCGCUACCUUGGGCAUGUAUCACGUUCUCAGGUCGGCUGGCCUGAAUGUCCCUGGCGCCUCUGCUGUAUGGGUAAUCCCUUGCUUCUUGACUCUGGCAUGGAUGUACCUGGAUGUCGUGCAACCAUUUCUCGAACCUCGCUGGAGUCAUUUUCUUUCGUGGCUCAAGAACAUCUCCAUCUUGUCUGGGUUUGGAUGGAUUGGUGUGAUGUGUUGCGUCGCCGUGUGGCCCAUUCUUCCCACUUACACUCAUUAUGACGGAGUCACCUGGACCGAAGCCCCGGUCACGAAUACUAGCGGCAGCGGCAGAAUUGGCGGUAUGUUUGCUCUAACAGCACUUCUCUUCGGCUCCAGCAACAUGACUGCGGCUUCCUCGUCGCGUUCGGCAAAUUUCUGCGAGGCGUUGUACGAGGCGGAAUUCGGGUCCUACUAUUCUCGAUUAUCAACGCUUACUUCAGAUUCUGGAUUCACCCAAGAAGAAAUGGCUCUGCUCUCCAACCUUACCGUUUCGUCUUCCCAAACACUGCUCGAUGCCAAUUUUGAGCUCCUGCAGUUGGCACUGGAGGGCGGCGAAGGAAGUGCUAGUGCCGGCGCUCUGGGCGUGGUGAUGGCGAUGCUAGGCGAGCCGGCGUUACCUUUAGCAGAGCUGAACAGCUCCCACACUCCCAUUCCGUCUAGGCAUCGCCUGCGCAAAUCACUGCUCACCAUUGUUGGGCUCCGCUUCGCUAUGGAGAGAGGUCUAGCAAUGCAGAAGGCAAGCGACAAGGAAUUCCUGCCAGGAAUGCAAGCAGUAGCGUUGAAGAAGACAUUGACGGUAGAGAAGGGCUGUCUUGUCCUCGCUCUUGGGGUCCUAGAGAGGGGAUCAUUGAUCGAGAUCUUUGCAAAAGGGAUUGUAUAA